UGCCCUACGCGCCCGCAGGUCUGAGCCCGCUACGCCUGUACCCUACGAAGUCUUCUUCGACCCUUAUCCCCUCCACAGCGGCGAGAAAGAACGGGCGCGCUCGUCUUCGCCUCCUCUGUGCCGGUGGAUCGGCGCGGCGAGGGGAUCCGUCCGGGGGUUUGGAUCGGUUUCUUCUCCAUCUUCAUCUGUUGUUGAACUUUGAGUUAGACAAUGGACCUGGAGACAGAGAAUCGUCUUGCUUCUUUGCUAAUUGAAGAGGCGCGGAGAUUGCAGUUAGAGGCUGACAGGGAAGGUGUUCAUGCAUAUCUUCGAAAACCUAAUGUUAGGCAUCGUCCAAAUUCAAGGUUUCUCACAGCCACAGUUCGUGGAGUUCAGCAAGCAAACCGUGUUGUGGAGGUUAAUGAAAUGUGGCGUGCCAGGGCAAAGGAACUGGAGUUGGAGUCAAAGAUGAAAAGCAAAAAUAGCAGAAGUAACAAUCGUGAUGAUUUUAGAGGAGAGAAGCCCAAAAGUGAUUUGAGAAAUCAUAGCUCUGGCUCAAGGUUUGAACAAGAAGGGACCACUUAUAGUAAUUCUUACUCAGAACGGGAGGAUGGUCUCAGUGAUGAUGAGAUUGAAAGAUUUCUUCAUUCAAGGGCGAAACGAGGACGUGGGGCUGUUGGUUCUAGGAUGGACGAGCCUGGUCCAUAUCUUGAUUCUUUGUCCCGACAUCAGGACAACGGACCUAGUCCUGACAUACGUGUGGAAGAAAAAUGGGAACGCCAAGUACAAGGUCCAGAGAAGCCUUCAUUUUUGAGAUCCAAGUCUCCUGAUAGUCAUUGGCAUAAGGAUACUUCGGAUGGAAGGGCAUCAAGCUCUGAACCACUGAGUAAAAAAGAGAAGAAAAAGAAGUCGGAGAAAAAAGAUAAGAGAGACAAAAGGAAGGAAAAGGACAGGAAGAAACACAAACAUCGCCAUCACCGCAAUCACAAAAGCCGAAGACGGGAGUGAAUUGAGUGAUGUUAGCUGGUAGCUAGGGGUGUAGGGGUGGUAAUGGAUCACGAUCCAAAUGUUUUUUACAUUAAGUUAGGGUCCUUAAUUAAUUUUAGUUUAAAAGUGAAUAUAAAUAGAGUUUGAUUUUAAUCCAAUUCGAUUCUUCAAUUUUAUAGUGUAAAAUUUAGAGUUCAUUACCACCUUUACUGGUAAUAGAACAGAAAAAUGUGCGCAACGGUUGUGCCCUAAAACGAGCUAGCAGAUUGUGCUCUGUAACUUGAAACAUGCAUUGUAUGGAAAUCUCGAUAUUG